AUUUUUACCCAUGUAUGCGUGAUACUUCGUUGGACAUGUUGGUGUUUUUUCCCCACAUUCGGUAAAAAUCAUCACAAUAAAAUCGCACCAUCCAGUUACUUGGAAGCAGUUGAAAACCGGUCACAUGAUUUGGAAUGUAUCGUUCCUCUCACAUCAGAAAGUCAUAAACGCAUGAAUAACAGGGGGAAUAUUGUUCCAAAUAUAUUUCGGUGUUAAAGGGUGAUUUUUGGCCUUGUUCUUGCCGCACGUGUCCAGAUGCUGAGGCUGUCGCUGACCUCGGUGCUGAGCACGCCGUCAGAUCAACCUGCGCUCAGCACAGGCGACACCAGAGGCUCACACCCUCUUUGAUUUUAUACGCGCAACUCCAAAUCGCUUUCAUCUACAAUAUCAACUUUGUCGCUUUGCCUCUUUGCUUUCCCCUCUCUGGCUGUGUAUCGCUGUUCACUCCAAGGCGUCGUCCACUCAUUUGGUGCCUUUUGCUGCUCGCCGCUUGCCAGUUGCGCCUCCUGCUCACCAGCUUGCCAUCCAGAAGCGGAGUUGGUGCUGGAUGAUAAACGAAGGCGCUCCCGUCGUCUGAUCCAUUUCACUAGAAGAAGGUGUUUUCAUCAGGUGAAAUCAUCAACAAAGAAAGGCCGCCAUCUGGAUCGGCGUCUGUCUGAACUGGUCAGCUGGAUCAGAACUUGGCUCGUUAUUUACCGUGGAGCCGCCCGAGUCGGCUCUCCCGCGAAGUUAACAUGACGUACGGGCAGUAAAGACAAGUCUACCAUCACAACGACAGCACGGGCCUGCACAGAGCGACUGGAUAUGGAGUCCACGAAGACCAGGGUCACGGUGGGGAUGAAGGAGUUGGCGGGGAAGACCCUGGGCCACAUGCACAGGGUGAUGGAGAAGCGACAAAAAGGUUCGGAAGUGAUUGAGUUGACCGAGGACGGGCGGCCGCGCCAGGCCGCGGAGAAGAAGCCCCCCUUGUGCGACUGCAGCUGCUUCGGCCUGCCGCGCCGCUACAUCAUCGCCAUCAUGAGCGGCCUGGGUUUCUGCAUCUCCUUCGGCAUCCGGUGUAACUUGGGCGUGGCCAUCGUGGGCAUGGUCAACAACAGCACCAUCCACCAGAACGGCAAGAUCAUCAUUAAAGAGAAAGCCAAAUUCAACUGGGACCCAGAGACGGUGGGAAUGAUUCACGGAUCUUUCUUCUGGGGCUACAUAGUAACUCAAAUCCCAGGAGGGUACAUCUCCUCCAGGCUGGCUGCAAACAGGGUGUUUGGUGCAGCCAUUGUGCUCACAUCAAUACUCAACAUGUUCAUUCCCUCGGCUGCUCGAGUCCAUUAUGGUUGUGUCAUUUUCGUUAGGAUACUGCAAGGACUGGUAGAGGGCGUCACCUACCCAGCCUGUCAUGGCAUUUGGAGUAAAUGGGCUCCGCCUCUUGAAAGAAGUCGUCUGGCCACCAUUUCUUUCUGUGGCUCCUACGCUGGCGCUGUGAUUGCAAUGCCUCUGGCUGGGAUACUGGUUCAGUAUACAGGAUGGUCUUCGGUGUUUUAUGUCUAUGGAUGCGUUGGCAUCUUUUGGUACAUGUUCUGGAUAUUCGUGUCUUAUGAGAGCCCUGCCGAACAUCCGACCAUCACUGACGAAGAGCGCUGCUACAUUGAGGAGAGCAUUGGAGAGAGCGCCAUGCUAAUGGGCCCCGCUGAGAAAUUCAAGACACCCUGGAAGAAGUUCUUCACCUCAAUGCCCGUCUAUGCAAUCAUUGUGGCCAACUUCUGCAGGAGCUGGACAUUUUAUUUGUUACUUAUCAGCCAACCUGCAUACUUUGAAGAAGUGUUUGGCUUUGAGAUAAGCAAGGUUGGCAUAUUGUCUGCGCUGCCCCACUUGGUGAUGACCAUUAUCGUGCCCUUUGGCGGCCAGCUGGCGGACUACCUGCGCAGCAAGAACAUCCUGUCAACGACCACAGUCAGAAAAAUCAUGAACUGCGGAGGAUUUGGCAUGGAGGCGACACUGCUGCUCGUGGUCGGAUACUCCCACAGCAAAGGGGUGGCCAUCUCCUUCUUGGUGCUGGCGGUUGGCUUCAGCGGAUUCGCUAUAUCAGGCUUUAAUGUUAACCACUUGGAUAUCGCGCCCCGUUAUGCCAGCAUCCUCAUGGGCAUUUCGAAUGGAGUGGGUACCCUCUCUGGGAUGGUGUGUCCACUUAUUGUUGGUGCCAUGACAAAAAACAAGACCAGAGAAGAAUGGCAAUACGUGUUCCUCAUUGCCUCCAUGGUGCACUAUGGAGGCGUGGUGUUCUAUGGGAUCUUUGCAUCAGGAGAGAAACAGCCGUGGGCCGACCCCGAGCUCACCAGCGAGGAGAAAUGCGGCUUCAUCGACGAGGACGAGCUGGCAGAGGAGACGGGUGACAUCACGCAGAAUUACGGUGCUUACGGGGGGCCCGCCAAGUCAUACGGUGCCACCACGCAGGUGAAUGGAGGCUGGGCCGCCAGCUGGGAAAAGACGGAGGAGUAUGUGCAAGAAGAGUCUCAGGGAGGAGGCUAUGGAUACGGGCAGCAGGAGGGAUAUUCUUAGACCAAACACACAGCACACAAUGGUACAUGUGUAGACCUCUCGAGUGUGUGUCAAUAUAGUCGAAAAUAAAAUCAAAUUAGAAAGAUUAAAAAAAAACACAAAAGAACUCCCAACUCAUUGUUGAUGUUUGCACAAGAAGUAUCAUGUUAAAGUCUAAAUGAAAAGCUAUUCAAUGGUAUGUAAUUCAAAAGAUGUGUAACACAUAUCCAAUUGGCAACCUGUAAAUGUAUUAUUAUGCAUAUGGAGAAUAGAUAUAUUUAUCUGGAGUGAAAUAGUGUUUUAACGUAAAAAAAAAAAAGAAAAAUCGCAUCCCAUCAGGAGAGGCUUCCUAAAAAAAUAUACAGAAGCCCGUAGGAGAGCCCUCAUUGAUCAUCUGCCCUGCUUCUGGAUAGAAUACCACAAACUACAAGCCAGACACAAAGGUCGAGAAACUUGUCACCGCACAGCUUCGUAAACAGAAGCUGACCACCGUCAAUAUUGAUUGUAACGUAUCACUCCUAAGAGCACAUUUUUAGUUGUUCUGGUGUAGAUGUUUGAAAUGUAACAUAGUAACUUGUGAUUGGUAACACUGCAUUAAGGUUUGUCUCUUUCUGAUGUUUGCGCUGUGUGCUCCAUUUUGUAACAUGGCACCCCUUGCGGGAAAGAGUGUGAUGUUAGCAAACCCAGCAGUGUGGUGCAAAGAAUGUCAUUCCAUUACGGCAAAAGGUUGGUCGUCAAACGAGCACAUAAAAAUAUGAAACACGUCGGAUAAUCACCGAUGCAGAACAGGAAAGCAUUUUUUUGUUGUUGUUGUUGAAAUGAUUCAAUGUGAAAAAUACUUAUUCAAGGGUCGGUGCAAUGCAGAGACAAGUUAUCCUGUCAGUUUCCGAAAAUGGAAAUAUUAGCGCAGCACAAAGAUAUCGAAAACUAUUUAAACUAGAAAAUGCACAUCGUUUAAGCACAUUUUAGGUCACAGGAAGAUGAAAGAUGAAGUAAGCUUGCCUAAAAAAAUAAAUAGCAGUAAAAUAAUGAUUUUCCAUCAAGGAAAAUGGCCUUUUGUCUCUUUGUAGAUAGUAAUACAAUUGAUUGGCCUUUCACAUGUGCGACUAUCCACGUAAAACAUAUAAUAUGGGGCAAAACAUUCCAUUUUGCUGUCGGGGCCAAAUUUCAGUCUCAGUGACGGCCAUUCAUUCGCCCUUCACGAUGCAAAUGUGUGUGUGUGAGUAUGAGUAUAUAUGCAUGAAACUUUGUGGUGUUUUGCUGAGCCCCCCCCCCCACCCCCAACCCCCGACCCCCGACCCCUUUCAAAUUCAUGCAUUUUUUUUUCUGUCAUAAACUGUCACAGAUGUUUCCACUUAUUUGCACAAUUAACCAAAGGGGAAGAGCAAAAAUGGGUUUUCCAAGAAAGUUACAUUUUCUAAGCGAACAAAGACCAUCAGCAACAUGGUUGCAGUCUGGACCGCCAGUGUGCAAAUCGCACCAACCAUCUCUCCGUACUGUACAAAGCAAUAAAUCUAUAGUAACAGUUCUGGUUCAGUUCUGAACAUCACCAUUGCGCAACAGUUUGUAUGGAUUUGUUGAAAUGUAUUUAUUUUUUUUCUUUGUGAGAAUCAAUGUAGAACAAUGCACACAGAUAGAAAUAUAUAAUUACAUAAAUAAAUCUACAUAUAAAAGAUGCUAUAGUAAUCAAUAAUGUAUCAUACAAGAUUUAGUCUGUCGCAAACAUCUUUGACAAGAUGAAAAGAGUUUGUGAGAAGGAUAACGGCGAACAACGGUUGCUCUUUCAUGUCACGUUGGUUUUCUUUUCUUGUUGUAUGCUCUCAUGUCUCUUCCCUUCCUGGUCCAUCCCCUCUCUCGCACACAAUUAAUUUUUAGUUUGAGCAACACUGUUCAUCAGGUGUCUGCACCCCUGUUUUCCUUCGACGUAGCUUCAUUUUUUUUCCAAGGUGAUUUCCUGAUUUCUGUGUCCAAGCAAUCAGUGAUACUCAUCGACAGUAACUGAUUCUGUAUUUUCCAAAAAAGACAACAGUGCAACACUAAGUAGUUCACCUUUCAUGUUUUUUGUGCCUCUGAAGUUGAAGUGUAAUUCUUUGCCUUCUGGUGAUGUGUAAACUGAGAGGUUUGUUGGUGUAAAAAAAAACAAAA